AUGGUGCGCUUCCUCCGGCGCGGACACAGCCUUGACAAGACCGGAUCGCACAACAGCAGCAACCAGCAGCAGCAGCGAGAGCGACACCUCGACAGGAGCGGCAGCGACACGGGCGAGAUGCACGAGUCCCUUGGCAAUGGCGCCGGCGGCACCCCGCCGCUUCCCAACGGCCGGGCGGCGGCGGCUGGGGCGGCGCGAUCGCGCCUGGGCCGCGACGGCCCACCCUCAGAGCUGGACAUCAUGAAGGAGAAGUUCGCCAAGCUCCUUCUGGGCGAGGACAUGUCCGGCACCGGCAAGGGCGUGGCGUCCGCGCUGGCGCUGUCCAACGCCGUCACCAACCUCGCGGCGUCCGUGUUCGGCGAGCACCGCAAGCUGGAGCCCAUGGCGCCCGACACCAAGGAGCGCUGGAAGAGGGAGGUGGGAUGGCUGCUGUCCGUCACCGACCACAUCGUCGAGUUCGUGCCCACGCGCCAGACCGCGGAGAACGGGACAACAAUGGAGAUCAUGUCCACGGCGCAGCGGCGCGACCUCGCCAUGAACAUCCCCGCGCUGCGGAAGCUCGACGCCAUGCUCAUCGGCUACAUGGACAACUUCGUGGACCAGACCGAGUUCUGGUACGAGAAGGGUGGUGACAACAAGCGCGACGACGACAAGUGGUGGAUGCCGACGGUGAAGGUGCCGUCGGAGGGGCUGUCGGACGUGACCCGCAAGUGGCUGCAGUACCAGAAGGAGUGCGUCAACCAGGUGCUCAAGGCGGCCAUGGCCAUCAACGCGCAGAAAGGGAAGACGAGCCUGGGCGACGCCAUCUACCGUAGCAUCACCGAGGACACCUUCGACCCGCUGGAGUUCUUGGCCGGCAUGGACCUCUCCACGGAGCACAAGGUGCUGGACCUCAAGAACCGCAUCGAGGCCUCCACCGUGAUCUGGAAGCGCAAGAUGCAGACCAAGGACUCCAAGUCCUCGUGGAGCUCCAUCGUCAGCUUCGAGAAGCGCGAGCAGUUCGAGGAGCGCGCCGAGACCAUCCUCCACCUCCUCAAGAUCCAGUUCCCGGGGACACCGCAGUCGCAGCUCGACAUCUCCAAGAUCCAGUACAACAGGGACGUCGGUUACGCCCUCCUGGAGAGCUACUCGCGCGUGCUGGAGAGCCUGGCGUACAGCGUCAUGUCCCGCAUCGAGGACGUGCUGAGCGCGGACGCGGCGGCGCAGAACCUGACGGCGACCGAGGCGGCUCGGCGGAUGAUGGAGUCGGCGGAGCUGCCCGCGGCGCGGAAGCUGGACGCCAAGGAGGAGCUGGAAAAGCUGAACGAGGCCCCGGCGUCGAUGACGCUCUUCGACUUCAUGGGCUGGCACUUCGACCAGGAUGAGCUGAUGAAGCGCAGGGAGGACGGCACGCUGGACGCGGACGGCGAGGCCAUGCUCCUCAAGAAGGCGCCCAGCAUGGCGCCCAAGAAGUUCUCCUACGUCGACAGCCUCUCCUCCGGCGGCGGCACGAGGAGUCCCUCGGCGCGCCACUGA